AUGUGUGAGCAUCAAUUAACCCAAGAAGAUCUCGAAUUUGAUAAAAAGCACAUUUGGCACCCAUACACAUCUAUAAUCACUCCAUUGAAAGUAUACCCUGUUAGCAAAGCUGAGGGCUCUUACUUGUAUCUCGAUGAUGGUAGUAAGGUAGUGGACGGUAUGGCAAGUUGGUGGUGUGUUCAGCAAGGGUAUAACAACCCUAGGUUAAAUGCGGCCGCCAUUUCGCAGAUUAACAAAAUGUCCCAUGUGAUGUUUGGUGGGAUUACUCAUAAGCCUGCCAUAGAUUUUUGUAGAAAGUUGCUAUCCUUAUUGCCAGACGACUUGGAAUGCGCUUUAUUAGCCGAUUCCGGUUCUAUCUCUGUCGACAUUGCAAUGAAAAUGGCUUUACGGUACCAUAAUUCAUUAGGGUAUACGUCAAAAAAAAGGUUCCUAACCAUUAAGAAGGGAUACCAUGGUGAUGCGUUUGGGGCCGUGUCGGUUUGCGAUCCAGUCAAUUCCAGACACAGUGCAUACAACGGAUUCCUCGCUGAGAACAUAUUCUGUAAAGCACCAGAGAUCCGGUUUGACUGUUCUGAAGAGGAUGUUGAGCAAUUGGUCGAGGAGCUCGAUGUGAAACCAUUUGCGAGACUUAUCGGGGACAACCAUAACGAAAUUUCCGGUGUUGUGAUGGAGAGCAUUGUGCAAGGCGCAGGCGGUCUAAGAAUGUACCAUCCGUAUUUCUUGAAGCGUGUCCGUGAACUCUGCUGCGAGUUCAACAUUUUACUGAUCCUCGACGAGGUUGCAGUGGGUCUUGGAAGAACAGGCAUGCUCUUUGGAUUCGAACAUGCAGGGACAUAG